ACUUUUCCAUACUGAACGGGUAUUUCUGUCAUUAUGCAGAGUUCCUGAUUUCUCACCAGUCACCACUGAGAGGAUUUGUUAUCGUCUCGGAGAGAAAAGUGUAUCACUGGCUCACUGCCUCGUCAUCUAUUUGAAAACUCAAUUUCCCUCCCCAUAGAGCAGAGAGGAAGACGAGCAGCAAUAAUGGCGCUUUGCUCGUUCUCUCUUCAAAUUCCUCUCCUCUCAAUUCAAUCAAGAAGACGCCAACCACUUCCAAUUACACUUUCUCAGAAUAAAAUCUCCAGAUCGUUCCAGUUCACAUCGCCUUCUCGACCAAUUUCUCCUUUUCGAACCCUAACGUGUUUCUCGCAGAGGCAACCCACCGAAAAAUUUGAGAGGCUGUUUUCUAACUUGAAUCAAGCAACAUUGAAGAGGGAGCCUGGUAGCCUUUCUAGUGGAAUUUUUCUGGUUGCAGGAACCACGGUAGGUGCAGGUAUCCUUGCAAUCCCUGCAGUGACACAAGAAGCAGGAUUUCUGCCCUCUGCAAUUACAUGCGUCAUAUGCUGGAUUUAUAUGGUUGUUACUGGAUUGCUCAUUGCCGAAGUAAAUGUAAACACCAUGUGUGAACUUGGUUCUGGUGGCGUCUCUCUGGUGUCAAUGGCCAUGCGAACGCUUGGAAAAAUUGGAAUUCAAAUUGCUUGCUUGUCAUAUAUCUCUAUACACUAUGCCCUUCUGGUUGCCUAUGUUGCUCGAUCUUCAGAUAUAUUAACGAAUUUCCUCGGCAUUCCAUUGUAUGAAUCAUGA